UUUUGGUUCCGCCAAACUUGGCCUCAACCUCCACCAUUGACGGAUAAAGUUAUUGCAACAAUUAGUCUAAGGCUCCUGUCGACGGAAGCUUGGCCGCUUGUGGUGUUAGCACACACAUGCCACUUCCGUGUUUUUUAGAAGAAUGUCGUAUAAUUAAGCUCGCCAGCAUUGUUGGAACAUUUUCAUUUGGGUGCAAAUGGCGACUUAUAUAUUAAGAUGAAGUUUGUCACUGUGGAAAUUUCCGUGAGAUUACUGGAGUGUGUGACGUGUGAGGCAACCAAGUGAGAUCUGUAGAGUGAGCUUCUUGUCAUAAUGGUGUGUAAGGAUGAGGUGUGUUUGUGGUUUAAGGACAAUGAGCCACACCGCCGCCUCGAGUUGCUAUGUGGCCUGCUAAACAUGUGUUUACCAAUGGAGCUAAGGUUUAUUAGCACAUGUGUGGAAGACCUCGGUAAGAGGGAUUUCCAUGACCUCAGGGAAGCUGAAUACAAGGCAAACAAUACACAGGAAAUAAGUCGGUUGUCAAAUUUGUUAGACGAGAGGACGCGCAGCAAUCUGAUAGUGUUCACUGCCUUGCUUAAAUCCAGGAAUCAUACAUGUUCCACUCUGCUGUAUCAGAUCCUGGCGGAGGCUCAGCAGAUUCCUCCCUCCGCCGACGUGAACUACGUCAAAGAGAUGCUGCUCAUCUACACCAUGGUCCUACACCACCCAGCCUUUACCUUCGAGCAGAAGAGGGUCAUAGCAGAGCUCCACACCAGUGCCUGCAGGUUGGAAGUUCAGCUGUGUCAACGUCAGAGGACCGCUGAGACUGACCUUAUAGAUGCUCUCUCCUCCCAGACAUGUAGUCCAAAUAUUGAGGGUUGUGACAGUGGUUUAAGUGUGGGCACAGAGCCUGAGGGAGAUGCCCUAUUAGACAAUUGUGGACUCCUGCCAACCCCAAGGUCUCAACUUCAUCAUCAUUACCAUCACCAUUCCCAUAGUUUACCUCCAGGUGUUAGCGGACAUGGGGUAUCUCAGACAACAGGAGACAGUGGAGGGAGUCAGGAUGCUUGUAGCAGUGGCAGUGGAGAAUCUAGUGAGCUUUACAAUGAAGGUGGCACAGUCUCUACAACGUAUAUAUACAAUUCCAGCAUAUUUGAACAGCCAGGUCUAGUUGCACUGACAAUGGCACCCAGCUACCCAUGUAAUCACCCUGGCAACUUCCACUACUACCAGUAUCCUCAAAUGGUUGGGGCAGUUCCGGGCUGUAUGCCAGAAGGUAAAAGAUCAAACUCUGAUGGCUCAAGCAGUGAGGAAAGUGGUGGGGGAUUAGUUAACCAUAAUGGGCCUCCAGCAUCCAAUUCUCCACUAAGCUCUCCACAGUCCUCCCCUUAUGUUUCGCCUUUGCAGUCGCUAAGUCCUAGUCGUGCCUCAUCUCCUUUGUCUCGGCCUACUACAACCACAACAACUACAACAACCACAACAGCAGCCAAUCUUCCACUUACCAUUACAUCCUCAACAUCAACAACUUCUGCCAGCAUAAUAUCGUCUGUUCAUUCAAGUGCUCAACCAGCACACAAACAUGCUAUAGUUGUUACUCAAACAGUUACAACAACUCAAGCUGGUACUAAUCAUUCAAAUACACCUCUUGGGACCACUUCAUUAGUACAGAGCCAUCGGGGAAAACCGCCAUCAUCCGGAAGUCGGUCCCAGAGACAAUCAGAACGCUCAGGUUCUCGAACUAGAGUACCUGGAGGUUCAUCAGGAGGUGACGUUGAAGGAACAGUAGGAAACCAAAGUCAUCAGAACAGUCCAUCAGCAUCACGUGGUGUGAUGCAGUCUUCUCUUACUUUCUCCAGUAGCAGUAAUCACCCAAAAAACUCUUCUCGAUGGUCAGGAAAUUCGACUGCUGUUACCACUUCAUCUACCUCUUCUUCAUCCAGUUCUGCAGCUUCUACUAGUAACAUUAAGAAUGUUACUAGACAAAAUAGUCAAAGUCCCUGCCCAACUUCCGACAUUACCACCACUACAAGUAGAACUGGUGUGACUGCAUCUGUUACAGCAAGCUCUUCCACAUGUAAAACAAACAGCAUCAGUAGCCACACAGUCAGUGGAUUAUUGUCCUCCACCCCUCUAUCUUUAAGUGCCACUCAAACUAAUAGAAACACAUCACCACCAGUCGUCCAGGGAGGAAACCUAGAAAAGUGUGUCCAAACCAUUAGCAGUAAUUCAGGGAUCCGACAACCAUCGUCCACAGGAAGUUCCAGUUCCACCAACCAGUCCACUUCAGAAAAGUGUGCUGUGAACAAUAACAACUGCCUCAACCCCGAAUUUGUAAAACAUGAGAGACUUAACAAGUAUUACCAGCAACUCUCGGGUUACCCAAUUGACAAGUUAAAAAAAAUGAGUGAUCGUGAUCUAAUAGACUUGGGGCUUACCAAGGGCGCUCUCACCAAGCUUCGUCGAGUUUUAACUGGUUUGGAGUCUCCUGCUCACCACAUCCCUAAUGGCUUUACAAACCCCUCAACCAUUACCUCGCAUCCACGUUCCACACCUCAAACCUACCACACUCCUUAUAAUACAUCACAUAAUUCUACUCAUAAUCAUUCUACAACAACUUCUCUCGCCUCACAUAACUCUCAGUCCUUGACACAAAACAGUUCGCACAGUACAAUGCUAAACCAUACAAAGCCAUGCCUGUCAAAUGAUACAUCCAAUGCACACUCUUGUUCUCAAACCUCUUCCAGUAAUAUUCGAACAUCCCAAACCUCAUUACAAAAUCAAGUUUCAGAAAUAAAUAGUACUAAUAAGACUCUCCAAACCACUCCCUUAAAUCCUCCAAUACGACAGAUACCAUCUCAAGGAACUUGUUCUCAGCCUUCAAGCAACAUAAGCACCAUUCCAACUUCCACCAUAUGUUCAUCUCAGAAUAUAUCAUCUGUGUUACCCACAACUACAACAACUUCCACCUGCAUCACCACUCCCUCCUCUACCUCCACUCCUCCCAUCUCCUCCCUCUCCUCCUCCACUACCUUUUCAGCUUUUACAACCACCACUACAACCAGUACCACUACCACUGCUGCUACCACCACCACAACCACUACCACUGUAGCAACCACUGCUACCACUUCUUCCUGUCCACCACCAUCUCCUUAUAUUAUUUCAUCUGUCACUACUGCAUCUGCUAGUGUUUCUACUGUUUUCACUUCUGGGAGCAUAGUGGUGACAACCACUACCACCUCUGCCAACAUUGCUGCCACAACACACGUCACUCAGUGCCAUAUACUUUCACCCAGCCCAAAAGGGGUAUCAGUGAUGUCACAGCAGUCUCCUAUUAAUUCUUCCACAAAUGUUGGCAAAACACCUUCAACUACUUCAAUUAGCUCUUCUACUUCUUCUUCAAAUUCUCCCUGUAGUUCUCUUUCGUCUGUUGCUCCUGUUACUCCUGUUCCUCACUAUAUGACCACUCCUCCUCCACCCAUCCACCACAAGACUCCACCUCUGCCUACUGGUGCUGCUACUAAUCCUGGCCAGCAUCACAUGACUGCUCAGCUACCUCCAGGUCAGCAUAGAACUCCUCCACCUCCAUUGUGUCCCCCUCCUCGUACUCCUUCGCGUGAGCCAUCCACUCCAAACACAAGCACUGGGCUCACAUUGAGUAAUGGAAUACAGCAGGUGUACUAUACUAUCAACAAUGGGCCUGGUGGAAAAAGCACUUGCAGCAAUAACAUGGGUGCUUCUGGGCCCGUACCCAUAAACAUGGCAGGCUACGGUUCUCCUAUGGGCAUGACACUGCCUCAACCUUCUCCAGUAGGUAGUGUGGCCAUGCCUAUUUAUACCUCAGCAGGUAACAUGCCUGUAUACACAUCAUCUGGUAGUAUAGGUGUUCCUCCACCUGGGAAUGGAGGGUUGGUACCCAUGGUGCCUCCUGGAGGGCAGUUUCCUCCCACAUACCUAUACUCUUUGUUAGGAGCUCCUGGGACUGCUCACACAUAUGUACCACCUGGAACAUACGCUGCGCACCAUCCUCAUAGGUCCUUUUAUCUGCCCCAUCUACCAUCAAUUGGUCCAAUGGCCCAUUUGAAAGCCACGCAUCCUCAUCCUGGGGUGCCUAUUAAUUCUGGCAAUGGCAGCAGGGGAGGAAGCAGUAGCAGCAGUAGUAGCUGCAGUAGCGGAAGUAUGCGAGGAUUCAACAAAGGCAAUCAGAGGGGGCAUGGUCAUAUGAAGACGUGUUCUCGUUCGUCGGAUUCUUCACCUUCCUCGUCACAGUAUUCGUCUCCUCCCCAGACACCUAGUCCUGAUCAUACGCGAGACAACCAAACCGACAAGAGAGGCAAGGCUCAGAGGGAUGGAAUUGAUACGUGUGAAGCUGGAGACUCAUUAGGGUUGCUAGGGUCAGGUGCUAGUGAGGAGGGAACUCCACCUCCCUUACAUCACCAUCCUAACCCUAUCCUGCUGCCUCCGCAGGCAAGCUUGACACGGCCUCGUAUUAUGCCUUACCCUCAUCUUGGAUAUGUAGGUUUUCACCCAGGAGGAGGGAUGAUUAGGUAUCCAAGUUUACCCUUGCCACCACAGACACAAGUUGUGGCACCCAGGAAUCCUGUUCCACUGAAUAGUGAUAAGUCAAGCCGAGAAACUACACCACCUGCUCCAGGAGCAGUGCCACUGGUUCAACAAGAUCCUCAGUGUUGUUUACGCUCACCAUCUGAUGUCAGCACAGUACCCAGUACCUUGACUGGAAAUAAUUUAGGACGAAAUGGUGGAUCUCCUCACAAUGCAGCUCCCCAUCCAGAUGGUCCACAGCCUCCUGCACCCCACACACCCGUCCCUAGUGUGGCUUCAGCUCCCACUGCGCAGGCAGCUCCUAGCAAUUCUUGCACUGGAGCUCCACAUAGUAGUGUACAGUACAAUGCUCCUGGUUACCCUGUGGUCAUGGGUGCACCAAUGUUUCAACAAUUUCCAGGGUUUAUGCCAGCACAUAGCUCUGCCCUUUCUAAUGGUUUUGUUUCACCGUCUUUACCCCCAAACUUUGCAUUUCCUGCAAUGGGUAAUGGGAUAAAUGCAGAAUUUGUGUAUAGUGGACAGUAUCCUCUUUUGGGAGGCACCACCCAAGGUGGAGGAGGUCCAGGUACUGCAUGUGGCACCCCACCUGGAAUCGGACCACCCUCUACACCUGGACAAGGACUUCCGGCAGGACUGCCAUAUUCUCAUUACCCUCCUGCCCUUCCCCACACACCCAAUCCGUCCGCUGGUGCCAAGAAGACUUGCUACAACUGUGGGCAGGUAGGUCACCACGGUGCUGAGUGUAAGGAGGCAAAUAUUGAAGAUAUGUGCAAUGUACCAAAGACUGCCAGGUCUUGAGUACAAAAAAAUUGUGGUGCAAUAAUAUAUAUAACAACUUGUGGCAGCAUUUUGAACAGGUACUCACAUAAAGAUAGACAUGGUUGCUGUUUUGAAAGGGAUGAACAUUUAGUAAUGAUCAUUCUUUAUGUGUAAUGGUGAGGAUGUCAUACUGACAGCUUUUUAAGUUUAAAAAUGCAUUUUAACAGUAAUGAGUAGCUAACGGUGAAAAUGUCAGAAUGAAUCAUUUUGACAAGUGGAGCACAGUAUCCCAUAAAUAUAUCUAAUUGUUUCAUUGUAAUGGGACAAGUUGAUAGAAAAUUUAUAAAGCUAAUUAUUUUUCAACACUUAGUGUGAUGUUUAGUUAAAGGAGAAAUUAUACUUUGUCAGUGAAGUAUUAGGAAGUUUUUCAAACAUUUCUUAGGUACAUUUAUUUUGUGAUAGUAGAAAUGUAACUGUGUGAGUAUUCAAGAGGCCAAAGAAGAGUGUUUGUGGUGAGGCCAGUGAUUGAUGACAUACAGCAGUUGGGCUUAGGCUCAGCAUUACAUAGGAUGGUGCUAAAGGGAGGAGAGAGAGAUGUUACCACUUUGCUAGCAUAACAGGAAUUGAAAAAAGCUAUUGGUAGAUUAUUUUUUGCUGGAAGUGUAGCUAUCAGUACGUAUCAAUUUCUUUAGUGGAGCAUACAUAGUGCUUCAAUCUCCCAUGCUUCCUUUUAGACAAAUCUUGUGCAUUCCAGAAAUAGGUACAACAGUCUCAUAGGUGAAUGAACACCUAAUUUUUGUUGUAUUUACAAAUGAAAAAGAGGAAUUGCAUUUAUUGAUAUAAAGUGAUUAACCUACUUCUGAAGUUCUAGUGUCCUGGACUUGUAUAUAUUUUUAUGUUGCAGGAAUGAUAUAAAUUAUGAAUGGUUAAAUCAAAAGUUGCCUGGAUCAACUAGACCGACCCCAUUGACUUUCAUCAUUAAUAAUCUACCAGCUUGUUACACCCAAGGCUCCUCAAUUUGCAUUAAUUGCCGGUGAAUCUUAAUUUUGUAUAUUUUGUUUCUGGAAUCAUUUGAGGGAAGAAAAAUACAUGUGAGUAAAACUUUUUAAAAAUAUAGCAGCUCCUUUAGGAUUCUUCAGAAUAACAUGAUAAUGUUUUAUUAAUUAUUUUAUGAACUUUUGACCCCCAAAAAUAUUGCAAAAUUAAGAUUGACUCUGCAUCUAAGAUGGCCAUAGGGAAGCUAAUGAGUUACUCCUGUUAUAAGAAAUGUUUCUUUAUUGGACAAGCAAUGUGUUGCAUUUGAGCUUUUCCCAAGUCUUGUAGUGAAGAUAAGAUAUUGAGAGGAAAGUGAGGGUGUAAGAGAGUACCCGCUUAUGUCUUAUGAACAGGGUCCAGAUGCUUGAGCUCAUAUUACCUGAUGUUAUGCAAGGCCAUAAUAUUUUCUAAGUCACUUAGUACCCAGUCAUUAUUACUUAUUUAUAUUACUUUCAUGUGGUGCUUUUUCUGUUUAAGUCAAUCAGACCAAGACUAUGGUAAAGGAUACAUAGCUUUUCAAGACUGUGGCUGCUCUAAUGUGAUACAUAGUCCCUUACUUCAGUAUCACAGCAUUUUAUAAUGAUGCAUGUAAGUUUUGUUUUUUGUAAGCAGACACAUUUUAGGACAGCUUUACCUGCUCUUGAAAUUUUUAUAUUUUAAAAUGAUUGAUGUAAAGUUUAAAUGAAAUUUAGCUUUGUAUUUAGAAAUUGGCACAUUAUUAAAAAUACUAGUUGCUGUAGGUUGAUGAGUAGAAGUUGCAUAUUAAAAAGUAAUCAGGGAAGAAAAUUUGUCUUAAAUAUAUAAUAGUAAGGACUGUAUUGUAUUUCAUAAAUAUCAGAAUAUAUAAUCCUAUACAAUGAUGGCAGGGUAUUCACUUGUUACUGCAGCAUUGGUACAAAGCUACCACCAUAGAUUUUAAUUGAUGUUAUUCAGUAAUGUUAUGUAAUACAUAUUACAUAAAAACUGAUACUUUUUUAUCAUUUUGAUGAUGGGAGGUUGAUCCCACCUCCCUCCCCUCCCAACCCCUGGGCAGUAGUGAUGUGACAUUAGGAAGCAGGACUAACUUAUUUGGAAAUGUUUGGUGCUUAUUUAGCAUGACCAACACUGAAGUACUCUCACCUGGUGGGAGCUAUGAGCCCACUUUUAUUGAUACACCAGAUCAGUGAUUAACCUUGGAAUUCUAUGUAUCUCGAUGUGUAUAAUGAAUUCACAUCAUGUUUGUGUAGAUGUCAUGCUAACAUUGUAUGUUUAUUGCUAUUGAUACCAAUUAUAUAUUAUGUGGCUUCUUCAGGGUUAUCUUUGUUCUGUAGCAGCUUCUUCAGUUAUGUCAUACUUGUCAGUGUGUUAACAAUCCAAAGUAUUUGAUUUUUGUUUUAAUUUGAUCUUGUGCAAAUAUUCUCUUAAUAAAGUUCUGUACAUAGGACAAUAGUGUAUAUAAAUAAAAUAUGGAUUAGCAAAUCAACAAAUCUACAAUUUGUCGUAUUGGUAAAUAAUGGACAAAUUUUGAAGAGUUUGACAUGCAGAAGUCUGUAUUUUGCACUGUACAUGUACACUAAUAUUGUAGAAUAUGUGCACUGUCUCUUAAGAGGAUGGGUUAGGUCUGGCUUGGCAUAUGCCCCUGCAGCUGUUUAGUUUGGGAUUUAGAAUCUUUCAUAAAUCUUUAUGCAUAGGCCUAUACAGGAUUCGUAACCUUGUAGCUCAAAAAAUAGUUUUCCUUGAUUAAUAUCGGUAGAUUCUACAAUUUUUUCCCCCACUGCUGCAAGAGGUUGAGUUUCUCAAAAUCUCUUCUGUCAUAUUUUUCUAUAAAUUAUUUUAAACUAGAAAUAUUCAUAUGUUCAGUUUACCCUGCUGUACAUGUCAAAAUUUACAUUUUCAUGUAUUGAAGCUGAAGAUGCAUAACAUUUAAAUACUUUGCAAACAUCAAUCAUAUUGAUAAUUUUAAACUAAUUGGGUACUUUAUUACAGUACAGUAUGCUUAAAAAAUCAGUAUCUUUUGAACAAAAAGAAAUAUAUAUAUAUAUAUGUGUGUGUGUGAUUACCCAAGUUUUAAAGUUACUAAAUUAGUUUUCAGUUGGGAUUUAAGAAUUAAAUAUGAGCUUUGUGAUGGCCACAAGUUUGUUACAUAUCAGUGUGUCCAGAAGAGUCUAGUUGAUGGUCAAAGUUCAGUGUUGAUUGUUUUUUAAAGGUGUGUUCAGAACUGAGUUAUGCAAAGUAGUUUUAUUGACAUAAGCAGCUAUAAGAAAAUUAUAAGAAAUCUUAUGUGUUAGAUAUAGAAUUCAGUGCAAAUGAAAAUUUCAAAAUUUUCUUCAUGGUGCCUCUAUUUAUAUAUAUAUAUGCUGUGUCUACCAUCUCAUACCUUAUGAUGACCAAUCUUUCCUUUCUUGAUUUGUUAAAUGUCUGUCUUGCAUUUCUCUGUAGAUCUCUUCCCUCUUUAGUGAAUGUCUUCCUUCUCUUUGUCAUUGCUUAUAUUUACACUUUUUGUGGAAGUGUCUUUUCAUAAUGUGACUGCAUGUCUUCAUUAUCUGAAAACUGGUGCAUCUGUGUAUUUAUUAGUAUAUCCCUUUAUUUUCAUAUAAACACUGAUGUCGGCUGUUCUUGUGAGUGCUUGUGGCUUUCUGCUAACGUGUUUUGUCCUGUGGGUGAAAUCGGUCAGUAAAAAUGUCCAAGAUUAAUUUUAAUUUGAGAGAAAAAUGUGUGCAAGAGUGUUUAAUAAUGUGAAGCUAAUCGAGUUUGUGUGUGUAGAUAUGGAUGAGAGAAAUACAUUGUUCAUUCCUUUCUUCAAUAGUAACAGAAGUCAAGAAAGUCAAGAUUUACAUCAACUUUUGUAUUUAUACUCGUAAUAUGAACAUUAUUAAGGUAGUCUUAUGUUGACCAGUAAGAGAUGUAAUAUGAUAAUAAAUGCAACAAAGUUUCACUGCUUCAAAGAAAUUUCUUUGUCAGCCUUGGACGAGUUAUAUUCUUGGGGCUGAGAAUGUUAUGACUUCACCCAAAUUUAUUAGUGGUGUUUUGCAGACUUGUCAGUGUGACAAAUCAAGUCAUUUCUUCUUGUCAGGUUUUGUCUUCCAGAGUUGGAUAUGAGUUUAGAUAAGGUACUUGAAGUCAUUGAAUCUCUUCCUCUCUGCAGGCUACGAUAUACCAUUAACAUAACACUUGAAGUCAUGGUUUGGAUACAUAAAAUGUCUGCAGCAAUUGGAUUAAGUAUUUUGGAAAAAAGAGACAGCUUUUAAAAAUUUCUGGAGAACUACAAAGGAAUGUAAUUGAAAUCCAAGUAGAAUUGUAUCCUCUUGUUAUUUAUAUGCACAUUUAUUUUAACAUUUUUUAUCAUGUGCUGUUGAGUGUAACGGAUAUGUAUGUUAGCAUCUUAAAGUCUUUAGCAGGUUUUUCUUAAACUGUUACAGUAGUGAAUGGCUGUAUGUGUCUCGGAUUCAGAAAAGUUUGUGUUCGUUCAAUAUUGUCGUACAUCUUUCAAUACAGAAUUUUUUAUGGGUAAUUGACAAGUAUAUUUGUAUGAUUUAUUUGUGAAUUUAAAGCAUAUACCAGGUAAAGUACUGUGUACAUGAUGUAAUUGUUCGUAAAUAUUUAUAGUUAUGGGAGCUGAUCUCUUAGUAAUAAUGACCAAAGUUGUAUCAUUUAUGUUAUGGUAAGCAUGAAUGAAUUUGCUAGUGAGGUAGGGGACUUAGUUUGCCAGUGUGAUCUAUUGGGUUUACAAGAUUUAUAUUUAGAAAGCAAUAAGGCUGUAUAAGCAAAAUCUUUAUCAAAAGGUAAAAAAUAAGUACUGUAUUUUUUAUUUUUGCCCUAUAGAUGAUAUUGAUUAACCCCCAAAAAAGUAUUCAGUAUCAUUUGCAUUUUAAUGUUUCUCAGAUUUUAUGUGGAAUUCCCAUAGAAUUAUAUAUUGUUGUGUAU